UAUACAGCCAGCGCAGGAACAGAUCCCUUUCAUGUGAUGCGACCCAACGACAAGUUAGAUGAUUUUUUAUGUCUAUCAUCUGAUGUAAAGAAAGCAUCGUGUUGAAACAGCUUAUCAGCCGGAAAGUGAUUGAACGCCCGCUUGCCGUGAUAACCAUGAUAAUAUUGACUGCGUAAGAAUUCAUCCACUGGACGAAACUGUAAAUUUGCAAAUUCGAGUCGGGAUCUCGAUUAACUCAAGAACGGGUCUCUUGCGCGCAUAGUGGACACAGACGUCGUGCAAAGAAAAAUGGUGAAAAUAGCGCUGCAGAUCACCUGUAGACUCGACAAUGUUGAGGAACUGAAACCAGCUGGGCCGGAGUUCAGAUGGUGCCUGAAAUUCACCUGUUCCAACUGCGGCGAGACAUCGGAGAAAUGGAACUACGUCUCCCUGGACGAGUCCACGCCGGUGCAACGAGGUAACGGUGUCAACCACUUCGUGAGCAAAUGUAAGCUUUGCUCCAGAGAGAACUCAAUGGCGAUACUGGAGGAUACCGUCAAAUCUUUCACCUCGGACGAUCAGGGAAAGUUCAAAGCGAUCGUGACGUUUGAUUGUCGAGGAAUAGAACCAUCUGACUUCUCCGCAAGAGAGGGAUGGUCGGCCAAGGCGACAGAGGGCGGCAAGGAGUUCAAUGAUGUAGACUUGAGCGAAGGCGAAUGGGAGGACUAUUGCGACAAGUCUAUGCAGCCUGUAGGGAUAUAUGAGAUCAAGCACAAAUUUGAGAGGAUCAAGUAGUAAUAUUUCAUGUUUGCUACAGAAUGCAUAUUUUGUUAACCGGAAUUAUGCAACAACUGAUUCACGAUGAUUGUUACUUUUGUGAAGAAGCCCUCUGACCAGUGGGCCUGCUGUGUGAAGUUUUUGAAGUUUAUAUAAUUUUCGUAUAUAUAUAUAUAUAAUUUUCGUAUAUAUAUAUAUAAUUUUCGUAUAUAUAUAUAUAUAUAUAUUGUUUUCCAUUUAUCUACUGUAAGAAUUUCGAUCUGGUAACUCAAAAGGGAAACUGUAUUUUAUAUUCGUGUUUUAUUCAUGGACAUAAAGAUACAGCUGAAUAUAAACACUUGUUCGAUAAGUGUGAGCAAUCGAACGUGCUCAUAUAAGAGCAAUUAUAGCUUGUAAUGUAUAUAUAU